UGACAAGUGAAUUUACUGAACGCUGUGUUUUCUAAUCGAGAGUGGCAAAAUAACUUAAUUUCAGCUCCUGUUGGUUAAGAAACACAGCCAUGAGGACUCUUUGGACCAAGGUAGGUGUGUUUGGUUCGAUGUCCAUGGCUUUUGGCUCAUUGCUGUGGUCACAGAAGAAGACUGAGUCAGACCAGGUCUUUUCCAGUUGCUCCUCUGCUGACACAAAUGUCACUUCUCCCUAUGAACUGAAACUUGUCCAAGUCCUGUUCCGACAUGGUGCUCGUACUCCGCUUAAAUCAAUACCUGAUGUGAUAGAGGCCCAAUGGGUGCCAACCCUGUUGGAGCCUCCAGCGCACACCCACAUCAACCAUGUAGUGACAGAUCUUCAUGGUGGCCCCAGGCCCCCAGCUCCUGUAGAAGACAGCUACCGGAGAAACAUAUUGACCGGUGGUACAUUCCCCGGUCAGCUGACAACAGUGGGCAUGCAGCAGCUGUAUGAGCUGGGCAAGAGGCUGAGGAGGAGAUACAUUGAGGAGACUGGCUACCUCAACCCCACCUUCAGUCCAUCUGAGGUCUAUGUGCGCUCCACUAACAUUGUGAGGACCAUUGAAUCUGCCAAGUGCCUAGUCGCAGGACUCUUCCAGCAAAAACAAAAAGAAAUUGUACCUAUAGUAACAACGGAGGCGGAAUCUGAAAUCCUGUAUCCUAACUACCAUGGAUGCAAGCUGCUCAAAAUCCUUGGCAGCCACCGUUGGGUAGAGUCAUCCACUCUGCCAGACAUUGCAGCGGACCUGCAGAGCAUCCAGAAUGCACUGGGCAUCGCUGCUCACCAGCACGUAGACUUCAUCCUCAUUAGGGACGACAUGGUUGCCAGAGAGACACACGGCCUCCCCUGCCCACCAGUGCUGGACACCUGGAGAAACACAGUGGAACAGAGAGCCGUGGACAUGAUGUGCCACAUCUAUGAACCCAGCAAGAGGGAGAACUUGCAGCUGUGUGUGGGACCCCUCCUGCACAUGUUGUUAUUCAACAUUGAGGACAAACUACAGGGCACGACAUCAGAGCCAAACAGGAAGUUGUUCUUGUAUUCCGCACACGACACCACUCUGAUACCCUGUUUGAUGGCUAUGGGGAUUUUUGAUAUGAGAUGGCCUCCGUAUGCAGCUGAUAUCACUCUGGAGCUGCACCAACACCGGCAGACCAACGAGGCCUUCAUUAAAGUGUCAUACUUAGGCCAGGAUCAUCUUCUUCCAGGCUGUAGUGGAGUCUACUGCCCCCUGCAGGAGUUCAAGCAGGCCCUGUCAGCCUACUCCCUCAGCUCUGAACUCUACCAGUCACUAUGUAACACAGAGGGUGUGACCGAGCCCUGAACCUUCAACAAGCCUUCACCUGUGAACACAGUGCAACUCAUGGCAUAAACUCUGUCACCACGCAUCAUGAAUUCAGCACCUUCAGUAAUCACUCCAUCCAGCAGACUGCACUGGCAGAAACUUUUUUUAACACUGGAUUAAAACCAUUUUUUUAGCAAUCUUGUAGUUUACAUCAGUCUUUCAAUUUUGCAAUUCAUCAUCCAUGUAACCGUGGCAGAUGGAUGUUCCGUUUAGAUAAAUGAGUUAAUUUUAUGGUAUAUUGACAAGUGCAUGUGCAGAAUGAUUUUGCUAUGCACAGGAUACCUGAUAUCAGAUGCUAAGUGCAUAGUUGUCUGUCUGCAUGCACUAAAUCUGUUUGGCUUGAUAAUUAAAACUGUUAUUUUAAUUUUUUGUACUGUCUCUUAAUUCCAUAAAAAGACCAAAACCAACAAUGUGUUGCAUACAGGCAAUGCAAGAGUUCUCAAAAUACAAAUAAAGCAUACAUUAACAGUCAUAUUGCUUUAUAGAUGUACACAAGGACCAGAAUCGUGCUUCGACUGUAACUUCUGUGGUACUCAGUUCUAAGCCCAUUCAUUCCUACUGAAACUAUACAUCUUCUUUCAGCUGUGGAUUAGUACACAUUACAUGUGCUAGUGAGUAUUUAUGGCAGCAGAACUGUGUCCUGUGUGAGAUUGACUUUUUUUUAAAACAACAUACCUGUGUUCAUCAUAUUAAAGAACAUUUCACCCAGUGCAAACAGUAUGAGUUAUUAGUUUUUAAAAAUUAAACGAGGUCUAUGGCACCGAGAACUUAACUUAACUAUAUCAGGCUUUGGCUACACAUACUUUUCAUAGUAUUAAAAACAAUAGUUGGUUUUGGUGUUUUUAUGAGAAUCACUGACACAAAAUAUAGAAUAUUAUCAGCCUAAUAAGUUCAAACCAAUGAAAUAUUAAAAUAUUAACAUCUUUAAUGUUGGACAAAGUAAAAUUGUUAAUGCUUGUAUCUAAUUGCUGAGGCAAUUCUGUCAAUUUUGUUGUGUUUACAACCAAAUAUUUCAUAUUCAAUCAUUUUGUUCCUCAGGGGAAUAAUAAGCAUAUGUACUGUAUGUGUUUAUUAACAGAGGGUGCACAAAUCUGUAGUAAAUUGCACAGUAAUGUUAAUGUCUUCAUAACCACAUAGAAUCUGCUAAAAAGGAAUUACCCUGCUAUAUUAUCUUUUAAGAGUGAAACAUUAGGUUGCUUUCUUGUGAGGAUAUGUUUGUGGUAUAGACCACAUUACAAUGUAUGCACGAGUACCACGAUACAGACAUGCGUUUUAAUGUGUUACAAUAACACACACUGUACGUCAUCAGUGGGAGUUUCUCUUGACCUGCUGCUUCAAAUGUCAAAUAUUAAGAGGUUUGGAUUGCUGAGGCAUAAAUAAUGAUUUCGAUCAAUACUGUGCAUGUCUUUUUUUUUUUUUGCUCAUGUCAUGUAAAGGAAGUACAACUUAAAAACAGGUCAGUGUUAAAGUAAGGUUCAAAUCCAUCAACAUGCUUGCAACUACUUUUGAAAUGUGGUGUCUCCUG